CGUUUGCACUGGGCUAUAUAAGAGCGGGGCGCGAGGCGAGGCGGCGGAGACCGAGGCUCGGCUUCUAGAACUCACAUGGAACAAACACGGAGCGGAUCAAAGGAGGAGAUUUCGGAGCGUCGCGGGGAAACAGCGCUAAGAUGGUCUAUAGCCAGGCUCUGGUGUUCGGAUACGGCAUGUCGGCCGGUGCCGAGGAGGAGGAUAAGCUGACCGAAAUGCUGAAGAGGUUCUUCGGGCUGGAGAGAGGAGAGAACCUCAGGGGCCGCUCUGCUCUCAGGAAAGCGGCCAGCUUCUCCAGUCUUGCGUCCGAGUGCAGCUGGGAGGAAGAUGAGGACGACACGGCCAGUAUUAAACAUGACUUGACCCGCCGGAUCGAGCGGUGCCUUGUUUCGGCGAAGGCUGCCAGGCUGCGUUGCCGGGAGCUGCUCCUCCCGGCCGGGAUGAUCGCCCGGGUGGCCGGUGACCUGCUCCAGGCCUCUGGAGACGAGCCGUGCGGCCUACGCGGCGCCGUCAUCCACCUCUUGGUGGAAAACAAGAGUGGCGCGCAGAUGCUGGGCACCGUGACGGCCGAGCAGAGCCUCACUCCGACCUUCGAGAUGUCCGUGGUGUUCAAGGAGGAUUCCGACGGCUGGCCGCCUCUGAGGCACCUGCUGGGGACCGAAGGAGCCGUGCGGCUGCGAGCAGAGUACCGGCUGGUCAAGAGGAAACUUUACUCCUCAGCCAGCCCUACUGUGACUGAAUUCUGCUGAAGUUCAGUCUGUUCACCGCUGCUUGGGGUCAGUGGCUCGCAGCACUGGCCCUGGACAGUUUGGUGGUUUCCCUGCGGUAAAUGAUCUACAUGGUUAGCUCACCAACAAGAGCUUGACCAAGGUUGGGAACCACUUCAUAUAAAAGAGAAAUAGGAGUUAAACCAAUUGAUUUGCAUCAGUUGUUCGAGGGAGCAGAGCGAGUUACAGGGCAACUUGCACAUUUGCUGAUGGGUUAAGUCUUAUUAACUGAGUCUUAUUGCUGAUGCUGGUGAACAUUCCUGGAUGUACAUUACCUAGGCUUACACUACUGUUAGGGUUCCUAUGUUACCCCUAUUCUGCGUGUUGUUUGUUACCGUUCCUUGCUCUAACACAAGUGACUCCACUGAUCAGCUCAUUAGCAAGCUUGUCUCGGGUUUAUGUGGGUGUGUUGGAGCAGGAAAGUAGGAUUUGUAUUAGUUCUAUAAUGUUACAAGCCAUUUUGCACGCUGCUUUUGGUCGAGUUUAAUGUCUGUCUUUCUACUGCUGAUGGAGAAUGUUAAUGAAUACUUCACGUAGGCCUUCACUACUACUGUCCUACACGCCUCGAGUUUACAGGUUGUGGAUGAAAGGAUGUUCUGUCUGCUCAUAUUUGGCACUCAGGUUGUGUUUAUGGAUGUGUGACCAUUUUUGCUGAGCUGUUUUGCACUGCAGUAUUCCUGUUUAAGGACACUGAAAAAGACACUGGUUUACAUGCACAGCGUAUCUUGGUGUACGUAUUUAAUUUGCAAUAAUUUGUGUAAUCUUUCUGGAAAUGUUUACAAAGCUGUUGAGGGGACAAGCUGGCUUCGUCUCCAAGUACCAACGUUUUGUAUUUGUCAGUGUUUCCCUGAUACGUCUUAAUGAAAACAUUAAAACCUUUCGCACAGCA